GGACGCGCCGCAGGUAAACCACAGGUGUGUCGUCCCGCAGUUUGAAGGGGGGGCCAGCGGGAAACACACGACCGUGAGCUGUGAAGAGACUCCAAUUAAGCUCAGCAGAAGAAGACGGAGGAGUGAGAACAUGCCAGAACUUUAACAUUUUAAGAAGCUGAGCUUGACUUUCCCCUUUGGCGCAUCAAGGUUGGAUAGAGUGAUUGACAAUCACGUCAGAUUGGAUUACCGUGUGGGGGGCUGCGGUGUUUGUGCGACAUGGAUUUACACUUCUUUAGACGAGCAGGAGUUUUACUCCUUGUUUUCACGUUGCUAAGUCUUCUGCAUGGCUCCAGAGGAGAGGUCCCACCCAGGCCAAUCACCGGGGUCACGAUUUUGCCCCCGGUUAAACCCGAUGACGGCCCCCAGGCGUUCCCAAACGCGGACAAGGCGAAUUUACCAGUGUUUACAAUGGACUACCCAAGAAUACAGAUCCCGUUCGAAAUCACUCUCUGGGUGCUGCUGGCUUCAUUCGCAAAGAUUGGUUUCCAUGUGUACCACAAGAUCACCAUCUGGGUGCCAGAGUCGUGCCUCCUCAUCAGCAUUGGUCUGAUUGUGGGUGGCAUCAUGUUCUCUGUCCACGAGGAGCCCCCUGCUGUGCUCUCCAGCAACGUCUUCUUCCUCUACAUGCUGCCCCCCAUCGUCCUGGACUCGGGCUACUUCAUGCCCACCAGGCCUUUCUUUGAGAACAUCGGCACGGUGUUGUGGUUUGCAGUGGUGGGGACUCUGUGGAACAGCAUCGGCAUUGGCAUGUCCCUGUUUGCCAUAUGCCAGAUCGAGGCGUUCGGUGUGCAGGACAUCAACCUGCAGGAGAACCUGCUGUUUGCCACCAUCAUCUCGGCUGUGGACCCCGUGGCCGUGCUGAGCGUGUUCGAGGACGUGUCCGUGAACGAGCAGCUCUACAUCGUGGUGUUUGGGGAAUGCCUCUUCAAUGAUGCCGUCACUGUGGUGCUGUACAACAUGUUCAACUUCGUGGCGGAGAUGCCGGUAGUGGAGCCGGUGGAUGUGUUCCUGGGGGUGGCAAGGUUCUUCGUGGUCGGGCUCGGAGGGAUGGGUUUCGGCGUCCUGUUCGGCUUCGUGGCCGCCUUCACCACGAGGUUCACCUCCAGGGUCCGGGAGAUCGAGCCCCUCUUCAUAUUCAUGUACAGCUACCUGGCCUAUCUGGUGGCCGAGCUCUUCGCCAUCUCGUCCAUCAUGGCCAUUGUUACCUGCGCCCUCACCAUGAAGUACUACGUGGAGGAAAAUGUUUCCCAGCGUUCCUGCACCACCAUCCGCCACGUGGUCAAGAUGCUCGGCUCCAUCUCCGAGACCCUCAUCUUCUUCUUCCUGGGGGUGGUCACCAUAACAACGGAGCACGAGUGGAACUGGGGCUACAUCCUGUUCACACUGCUGUUUGCUUUUGUAUGGAGAGGUCUGGGUGUCUUGGUGCUGACUCAGAUCAUUAAUCCUUUCCGCACCAUCCCAUUCAACAUGAAAGAUCAGUUCGGUCUGGCCUACGGCGGCCUGCGAGGCGCGAUUUCUUUCGCCCUGGCCUUCACUCUCCCUGAUAACAUCGGCCGCAAGCAGCUCUUCGUCACUGCCACCAUUGCCAUCAUCCUCUUCACUGUCUUCCUUCAGGGCAUCAGCAUUCGACCUUUGAUUGAGUACAUCAACGUCCGCAGAACAAACCGCAAUCUUGACACCAUUAACGUCGAGGUUCACUGCAGGCUCAUGGAGCACACCAUCGCUGGCAUAGAGGACCUCUGUGGACAGUGGAGCCACUUCUACUGGAAGGACAAAUUUAUGAAGUUCAACAAUCGGAUCCUGCGCAAGAUCCUGAUCCGAGACAGCCGGGCAGAGUCGAGCAUCGUGGCGCUGUACAAGAAGCUGGAGCUGCAGAACGCCAUGGAGAUCCUGGACACAGUGACCGGAGACAUCAGCGCCGCUCCGUCCAUCGUCUCUCUCUAUGAGGAAAAGAAAAGCGCCGCUAAACCCAAGAAGAAGUUCAAGGCCGCUGACCUGAAGAACAUGCACGACAUCCUGUCCAAGAACAUGUAUAAGAUCAGGCAACGGACGGUGGCAUUCACGGGCAAGCAUGCCCUUCCCAAUGACAGCCAAACAAAGGAGAUACUGAUCAGACGUCACGCCAGCAUCCGUCGUAGCCUCCGACCUGGCAGCUUCCAGACAACGGUGGUGCCCAAAUCCCAGAAGUAUUUCUCUCUUCCUGCCGGGAAAAGUCUGGACUCUAAGUUUCCUCCUGGGAGGCUGAGCUACACAGACGAUCAGGAAACAAUGUCCGAGGUGGCGUACCCCUCCAGUCGCUCCCGGUUUCGGCAGCCGGCCCGCUCCUCCUCCAGAGCCAUGAUGCCUCUGCGCAGGUUGGACACCCUACAGGAGGCGCCCUCUGUUGACACGCUGAAUGAGAAAACAGGCCGGACAGAACGUGGAAAGUCCAGAACAAAGUCCUCCUCUAGUGACUCCCGCGUUCCUGCUCCUCGCCGUCACCUCCCCCCCUCCGCUGGCAAUGACAGCAGCUCAGAGGAUAAUUUAAGAAAUGGGCAACAUGAAGUGGAGCAGGAGGAGGAGCAGCCUUCGUCUCCACCUCCAGCCUGGGCCGCUGAACCCAGAGACAACGCAGCACAAAACCCUCUGCUCAGACGGCCUCAGUGGAACCCUAGGAGGAUGUGAAAGAGUCCCUGGGCUCUCAGAGAGCAGCUGGACUACCACAGACUGAGUCUCGGGAUCUCAAGCAGCUCCAGGGACUUUACAAAAAACUGGAGGUCUUUUCAUUUCUUAUAAGAGGUGAACCCACCUCCCAAAUGAGCCAAACUGGACACUAAUACAUUGAAGUCAGAUGUCAGAGAGCUCAGUGCACUAAAAGUGAAGAAAGUGAGCCGUUAGUUUGAAAGAUUUUCACAUCACAGACAUUCACAUCAAUGUGAUUUUUAAAUACAUUUCAUCUUUCCCCAUGAGCUUUUAAAUGUUCAGAUGGUGUAAUUUAAACUAUUUUAUUUUGAAUUAUUUCUUAAUCCUUAGAUGUAAAUAUGGUACUUUUUUGUAUUUAAUUGCCUAUUGUGUGUGUGACAGUCAUAUGAUUGAUGAUAAGGUUUUGUGUAUAGGCCAAAUUAGUUUAACAUGAGGAUUUAUUGCUGUGCAGUACAAAGUACUCUGGAAGCAUUUUGUGUGUCUGUUACGCUGAUGGACCUCAUGAAUCGGGGCCCGGUUUGUUUUCUUUUAUUGUAAUAAAUGUUUUGUUGUUUGAAAGCUGUUA